UUGCAGCAAAUCCCGGAUGUGUCUCCGACUGGUCGCUGGACGACUCUCACGCCGCUCCUGAUGAUCCUUACCAUCUCUGCUCUCAAGGAGAUAGUUGAAGAUGUCAAGCGGCACCGCGCCGACAACGAGAUCAACCAGCGCCAGGUGGAGGUGCUGCGCGAGGGCCACUGGCUGUGGAUGCAGUGGAAGAUGGUGGUGGUUGGCGACAUAGUUAAGGUGCAAAACGACAAGUUCUUCCCAGCCGAUCUCAUGGUGAUCUCCACCAGCGAGCCCCAGGGAAUCUGCUACAUCGAGACGUCGAACCUCGAUGGCGAGACGAAUCUCAAGAUCCGGCAGGCGCUGCCCGAGACGGCGCACCUCCUGGAGACGAAGGACCUCUCGCAGUUCACGGGCACCAUCGAGUGCGAGCUGCCCAACCGCCACCUCUACGAGUUUGCCGGCGUCAUCAAGGAGCAUGGCAAGCAGGGACAAGCUGUGGGCCCAGACCAAGUGGUCCUUCGAGGUGCAAUGCUUCGUAACACAAGCUGGAUAUUUGGAGUGGUGGUCUAUACUGGACAUGAGACCAAGCUGAUGAUGAACUCUACUUCGGCACCUUUGAAACGCUCCAGUGUUGACAAGUUGACUAACACACAAAUCCUAAUGCUGUUUUUCAUACUUGUUGUUCUGUGCCUGCUUUCUGCCAUCUUCAAUGAGGUCUGGACCAAAGACCAUUUAAAGACUGACUGGUACCUGAGCAUGGACGAACUUGUCAAUGUCACUUUUGGCUACAACCUACUCACAUUCAUAAUUUUGUUCAACAAUCUUGUCCCAAUAUCCUUGCAGGUUUCUUUGGAAGUAGUACGUUUUAUGCAGGCAAUUUUCAUCAAUAUGGACAUUGAUAUGUACCAUGAAGAAAGUGACACUCCUGCAAUGGCUCGCACAUCAAACCUGAAUGAGGAGUUGGGUCAGGUUAAGUACAUAUUUUCUGAUAAGACUGGUACUUUAACAAGAAACAUAAUGGACUUCAAACGGUGUUCAAUUGCAGGACAAACAUAUAUUCCAGAAGAGAACCCUCAGGAAUCAGAGCUAGUCAAAAAUCUCAAUUCUGAACAACCUUUUGCAAAUGACAUUAGAGAGUUUUUAGUUCUGAUGUCUGUGUGCCACACAGUUAUACCAGAAAAGGCAGAAGAAAAUUACAAAUACCAUGCUGCUUCCCCAGAUGAGAAAGCUCUUGUUGAGGGUGCCUGCCUAUUUGGAUAUGUCUUUGAAACUCGAACUCCUCACUAUGUAGAGAUAAAUGCUUUAGGGACUCGUGAACGUUAUGAAAUACUCAAUGUGUUAGAAUUCACUAGUGCCCGCAAGCGUAUGUCAGUGAUAGUGAGAAACUCUGAAGGAAAGAUCAAAUUGUAUUGCAAAGGUGCUGAUACUGUUAUAUUUGAAAGAUUGUCCCCAGAUGGUCAACUGUACAGAGAUGUAACCCUCCGCACCCUUGAAGAAUUUGCAACAGAAGGGCUGAGGACACUUUGUUGUGCUGUUUGUGACAUCUCGGAUGUUGAAUAUCAGGAUUGGCAAAAUACAUAUUACAAAGCAUCACUAGCUAUUCAAUACAGGGAACGUAAAAUAGAGGAUGCAGCAAAUUUGAUUGAAACAAAUCUUAGAUUGUUAGGAGCUACUGCCAUUGAGGACAAACUUCAAGAUCAGGUGCCUGAAACAAUUGCAGCUUUAAUGAAGGCAGAAAUUCACUUGUGGGUACUGACUGGGGACAAACAAGAAACUGCCAUUAAUAUCGGCUAUAGUUGCAAGCUUAUUACUCAAGGCAUGCCGUUACUCGUUCUGAAUGAAGACAGUUUAGAUACUACCCGGGAAGCAAUUGCCCGACACAAUGCGGACUUUGGAGAGCAACUAGGGAAGGCCAACGAAGUGGCUCUUAUUAUUGAUGGAAAAACAUUGAAAUAUGCUCUCAGUUGUGAUGUACGAAGAGACUUUUUAGAUCUUUGUGUUAGUUGCAAUGUGGUCAUUUGUUGCAGAGUUUCACCUAUACAGAAGGCAGAGGUAGUGGAACUAGUUACUACCCAUACAAAAGCUAUUACAUUGGCAAUUGGUGAUGGUGCCAAUGAUGUAGCAAUGAUACAGAAAGCACAUGUUGGAGUUGGCAUAUCUGGAGUGGAAGGUCUGCAAGCUGCUUGUGCUUCUGAUUAUUCUAUUGCCCAGUUCAGAUUCUUACUGAAAUUACUAUUUGUUCAUGGAGCAUGGAAUUAUAAUAGAAUGGUCAAACUUAUUCUCUAUAGCUUCUACAAGAACAUUUGUUUGUAUGUUAUUGAACUGUGGUUUGCCAUAUAUUCUGGUUGGUCUGGUCAAGUUGCGUUUGAGAGAUGGACUAUUGCUCUGUAUAAUGUGCUCUUCACUGCUGCUCCACCUAUAGCAAUGGGCAUAUUUGAGAAGGUUUGUUCAGCAGACACAAUGCUCAAGUAUCCCGCCCUGUACAAACCUAGUCAGAAUGCUGAACUUUUUAAUGUCCGUGUCUUUUGGAUGUGGAUUAUAAACUCUCUGAUACAUUCAGUGCUGCUUUUCUGGCUACCUUUAUUUAUUAUGGAGAAAGAUGUUAUUUGGGGCAAUGGUCGUUGUGGUGACUACCUGGUGCUUGGCACAUUUGUGUAUACGUAUGUUGUAGUGACUGUGUGCCUGAAAGCUGGUUUAAUAACAAAUGCAUGGACGUCCCUAAUGCACAUUGCCAUUUGGGGAUCUAUUGCCUCGUGGUUUGUUGUGUUGGUAGCAUAUAGUAACUUCUGGCCUACGCUGGAAGUAGGAGCUGAACUCCUAGGAAUGGAUCGAAUGGUCUAUUCAUCACCAGUCUUCUGGUUGGGCCUUAUUCUCAUUCCCUUUACUACACUUAUCCCCGACAUCACAUACAAAGUCGUGUGUGCUACUGCUUUCAAGACAUUAACAGAAGCAGCCCGAGAAAGUGAAAUAAGGAAAGCCGAUCCAGGCAGAGUUAUCAUGAAAGAAACCAAGCAUUCCUCCAAGCGCCGAUGUGCCCGUGAGAUGCGCGGUAUGGCUGAUGAGCCUGUGCUCACAACAACACAUUCACGAGCAAGUCUUCUUGGAUGGUUCCGCUGAUGUGCAGCCACCACUCUCCAGGGCAGGGCAAGGGUUACAGAAAGGGGGCAGAGGUAAAGGCUGUGGUUUCUUGGGUGCUGCAUGGCCCUGCUGCAUGAUCUGCACGUUUCAUGCACGCAAUGCAGCAAUAUGUGUUGUGACUGUUGAUACCUUGUGCGCUGAGGAUUGUUGGAGCAUCUGGGUGUUUUGUCCCAUUUGGGGGAUAACCCACGCACCGUUUUCAGACUGACGGAAACUGCCAGGCUUCUGAAGAAUGUAAGGAACGUAUUCACCUUCAGCCGACGCUCUGCCACUCGGGUAAAUACGGAGGUGGAGCUUUCACAUGGGUAUGCUUUCUCGCAAGAGGAAGGUGGAGCCGUUCGGCAGUCAGAAGUCAUCAGGGCAUACAACACCAAUCUUCCCAAGCCAGGUGGGAUGUAAGCAGCCUGAGGCUUAUCUGUCCAACAUUGGCACACCUUCUGUCACAUCAUUCUGUAUUUUAUAUAAAUUUAAAUAAAGCCUGUUUAUGUAUGUUGUAAAUAAUAUAUAUAUAUACAUAUAAGAGAAAAUAUCUUUGUUAUUGUAUAUGAGCCUCUCGAGUGGAUUCUGGUGUGCAUUGUUCUCUACUGUGUUCUAUAGUAUUAACUGUUUCCUUUGCAAUGAGACUUGUCGAAUUCUAUUGCUAUGUGAUUCUGGUGCUGAUAUAAGAUUUAUAAAUUCUGAUAACAGGUGUUUGUGUUCAGACUAAUGGUUGUUUACUAUGAAAAAAAUAAUUCACAAAUAUUCUGUAAGUGAAGCACAUUUGAUGUGAUGAAGGAAUGUAUUUGAAAGGAGAGGAAUAUUUUUCUCAUCAAUUGUCAUGCAUUUUGGUCCUCUAAUAAUUAAAUUAUUGUGAAAUACCCCUGAAGCUAGCUUCACAAGAAAUUUGAGUUACCUGUUAAGGCUCAGGGAAAUGCCUUUAACAUCAUAAUUGGUCAGUGAAGGAAGGAAGGUACAUUUUUGUUUGCUCCCAGUGAUUAAAUGAUUACUUUGCAAAAUAUUGCCCAUGUGAUACUUGGGGAAUGAUAAGAAACUCAUUGGCCUAAUGUGGAUUAUUUGUAUUUGAACUAUGUUGUGUAUUAUUUGGAAAGGGGAAUUAACCUCAUACUAUUUAUAACUUUUUUUUGACACUUUAGUUAAAAAUGAGGUAAAAGGAAAUAAAAUAGAGAAAAAUAUAUAAAUUGAAAAUGAAUUUACACUAUUUAGAACCUAGUGUGGCCCAAAUAAAUAUGACAUCUAACGAGAAUGUAUCUCAGUGCAAAUGUUUUGCAAAAUACUGGUAUCUGUAGCACAUGUGGGUGUAUCAAUAUUCUCUUUGUCUACUAUAUAUGAUUAAACAGAUAAAUUUUGGAAAAUGUAAUUCAUAUUCUACUAGAAAGUUUCCCUCUUUUUGUCAAAGUAAGCAAGUGUUUGUUCAUUUGUUUUUCUCUCAAACUAUUUUUAUUCAGAAUGUAUAAUUUACAUGUUUUCUUUAGAUCCUUUUCCAUUUAAAUGGAAAAUCCUGUAAUCAUAUUAUCUGGUUAGAUGCACAUGUAUUUUCCAUCCAAAGCAUGUGACAAUCAGAAUUAAAUGGCAGCCCAAAUGCUGACAAUCUACAACCAUUGACCUGUCAGAUACAUGCACAUAUUUGCUGCGGGAAGAUACAAUUCAAUAUUGUAACCGUGUAUAAUUGAUUAAAGGUCUGGUUGGCCUUAAGAACUCACCUGGUCCAAAUGGCACUGUAAAGAUAAGUUCUGAUGGAGAUGUCUUUUGCAACAUAAAAUGUAAUUGGAUUGUGAAUGCCAGAGUUAAUGUUGCUUAACAAAUGUCCACUUAACAAAGGUCUAUAAAUUUAUAUUCUAAUAUAUAUAUUCAUUAAAGAUAUACUUUACUAGAAAAUGUAUAGAUAAAAUAUUGUGACAUUGAAUGUUUUUGUCAAAUGAUGACAUUGGAUAGUUACUGUGAGAGAUGUGUGAUAUACUUUAAUUCAAAUGUCACUGAAUAUUUACACUUAUUUUUAUCAUAAUUAUAUAACUGUUCAGAUGACUUUCCUAACUCAUAUUCUCUUCAGUGGGGUAUAAAGAUUAGUAAGAGGGAUAUAUUAUAUAUAUUCAGCAAGAAAGAUUGGCCUACAGAGCAUCCUGAUUGACACUUCAAUCAUUAUUUGUUUGAACAUCACAACAAAUUGUUUAAUUUGAAAGAUAGUUCUUUUUUUUUAUUUUAUAUUUUAUAAAUUCUAAUAACUAAUUACUAUAAAUGUUGAGGCUCCUUGACCUAUGUAAUUGUCAUUUUUCUGUACAAUUUCGUACUUAUUAAUAUGUGCUCAAUAUAUUAUUUUAUUAUUUAACUUUCAAGAGAUAGGAUACAAUUUUUUCUCUUUUUUCUUGAAUAAUUAGAAUUUUCAAUUUUCUCGAAGUAUUUGUGAUCUGAUCUGAUUUGGUUGGUUGGGAAACAAUCUCAAGUUCUGAACUGCAGUUGCAUUGAUGUGAUUUUGUUUAAUUAUUUCUGAGAUAUUUUUUGGUGUUUGGCUUUUUUAUGAAGAUAUAAAUGUUAAAAAUUGCUUGGAAGACUCAGUUUCAUUUAAUUGUUUAAAAAAUUUAUUAAGUAUUUUAUAAAAUUGUAACUAACAUAUUAUUUACUUGUAAUGAAAUAAAAUAUGAGCUGAAUGGUAUACUGAGUGCUGAUGCUAGAAUGUUGUUUCUUCUUUUGAUUUUCAUGAUUAAUUGUUUAUUUGCACAUCAACACAGUUGAUCCAAAGAGCACUCUUCAUACAUAUAUUAGAAUGAAUUAGAAUCACUGCCAUCCAUUUCAAUAAAAGACAUUUGUGUUGUUUAACGAAGAAGUAAUCAAUUGUUCAAAUUACGUUUUGGUGUUCACAAAUGUAAAUUUUUUAAGAAGUGUCACCUCGUGCAUCUGUAAUUGCGUGUUAAAUAUGUAUGCAUGUGGAUGAGUGCCUUUUACAAUUGUAAAUAUUGAUUAUUAAGAAUUUGGUGAAUUUGUGUGUGUUAAUAUGUUUGUAUAUAAAUUUGGUUCCAUUUGUUAUGUGAUAUUUUAUUUGUUGAUAUUUUAGAAUAUCAAUACUCUAGAUUUUUGUUGUGUUAAAGAGGUGAACAACCUACUGUACAUUACUCAGGAAUUAUACCAGUAAGUGUGUGAAAAGUGACAAUUUGAGUUGCUUCCCUUUACACAAAUCAGUGUAUUGUUUUAAGUACUUACUCAAGUGACCUAGUCGUGUACAAAACAUUUAUUGACCAUUUCUUUCACUACAAAACAAUGUAGGCCUUCCAGCUAUUUUUGAAAAUACACUACAUGUAACAUUAUUAAUACUAAUUACAUCUUUUAAAACUGUAUUAUAUCAGAAAGCUUUGUGAGGGCCUGUUGUCAAUUUAGUGAUAGAAAGUGGCUACUAGAUGUAAUAUUAAGGGAGGUAAAGUAUUGAUACAUUUUGUUUGGUUUAUGGUGAAUUGUUUUAAUACAAACUUCCUUUAUUGCUGAAAUGAUGUGUGUACUAUCUACCUAAAAGUUAGGUGUGUGUUUUCCAUAAUAAAUGAAAGAUUUUUGUAAGGAUGUUAUGAAUGUCUCUUAUGUGCUCAGGAGCUUUAUCUGUUAGCAAGAUGUGAUUAAAGAAGGAUGGUGAAGCUCUUUCUGCUUUAACAGUGGAACAUAAGAAAUUUUGGUGAGAUCAAAAUAGAAAAAAAUAGUGAAGAGCUUAUCUAGCUAAGAACUUAUAUUGAGGACAUACACUUUCAUCAUAUCGAUGUGUGAUAUUGGUGUCCAUUUUGCAAUUUAAUAUAGUUGGAAGUGAAAACAUUUAUUGUAAAGAAUGUUCAUAAAUAUGUAUUUAUUGUAUCAGA